GUGCAGGCUCUGACGCUGCAGUAUUUUAUACUUAUGUCUAACCACUAAAUAACGUAUAAUGGUCUUGUUUUUUUAUUGUACUAAUUGUAAAACGCAACGGAAGAUGCUGGUGCAGUAUUAGUAAAUGUUAAUAAAUAGUUACUAGUCCCAGCAGACUAGCGGCUGUGGAGUGGCCCCCUCCCCAUUACAGUAGAGUGACAGCUGAUGCAUGCUGCUGAUUCAGAGGAAGUUCACACACACUGCAGUCUCUCUCGGUUAUCAAGAAACAUGCAGCUACACGGUGUAUAUAUCCUCAGUGUUCUAUUCCCAGCUGUGAUGGUCUCAGGCGGUCAAGCUGGUCUUCCUGUCCAGGUGAACGGACUGCUGCACGGAGCUGUUACUAUGUCUAUCCCGUGGAACAAGACACGCCCUGUAAAUUUCGCUAGCUGGAAGUACAGCAAGAAUGGAACCCCAAAAGCAAUCCUGGAUACUAGCAAACCACCUUAUAACAUAUAUAACUCUCAGUUCUCUGGUCGCCUGGAAGUGACGGACAGCUUAAUGACGGUAACUAUUAAGGAUCUGAGAGAGGAGGACAGCGGAAUGUUCUCUUCAGAAAUUACUACUGAAGAUGGAACUGUAGAUACGUUUUCAUAUAACAUCACAAUCUAUGAGCCGGUUCCAAUUCUAGAUAUAAGGGCUGAAGGGAAGUCUGUAACCAGUGACUGGUGCAAUGUUACUUUUUAUUGUUCCGUCCCAUCAAACACAUCAGCCUUGUCCUACAACUGGAGAUACAGACACAACAACUCUGAGCAUUACCUGUAUAAUAAUGGUGCCACCACCCAGGUGUCACUGCGGCCGGAGUACUGGGACAUGGAGCUCCUGUGUGUAGUACACAACCCAGCAGAUCAGAAGAAUGUCUCUCUCCACAUACAGAAGGAAUGUAAUUUAUUAGCUAUGGAGGGCCAUCGCAACCAUCAUGUUAUUGUGAUCAUCGUUUCUUGCAUAUCGAUUGUUCUUGUAAUAAUGGUAAUAAUGAAGAUUUGUAUACCAAGAAUGAAAAGAAGAAAAGAAUUCCAAAACCCAACUGAAAACAGAAUUGGGGAAACACUGUACAUUGAAGUGACGAGUACUAGAGAGGAUCUGGAUCAUCAGAUACCGCCUGCGUUAUAUGACACAGUCUCUGCUCCCAAGACAACAAAAGCACAGACUAUAUACACUUCUCUGCAACAUCCGAGGCCAAAAUGAGCAGUGCUGAUGUAAGCCACGUGAGGGUUUUGUAUAUGAUGGAGAGACAUCGGCUGCAACUGAAGAACCUAACAGGUUUCCCGACGUCUCAGCACGGUGCAGGGACAUGCAGCAGAUCACUGUCGUUGCAGAACGAACCACCCUGGACAGUGACCAGUAGCAAUUGCUGAAAAUUGCUUUAGCACGGCACACCUCGCCAAUGCCUGUAGGUGAAACUGUUACACACAUUAAGAUACAUUAGACUUCCUAUAGGAAUAAUGCUUUUACGCUCCUGGGGAUAUUGGUCAUGGUCUGCACUAGCCCCGGAGACCCACAAGGUGGCGUCCACCCUCCCUCUGGACACUGCAUCUCCCCUCUGCUGGACCCUCCUCAUGUUACAACUCCAUCCCUGAUGCUUAUGUUAGCUGACUACAGGUUGGCAUGGCGCAUGCUUUCAUCCUGGCAUUGGAAUGGUUGCUGACAUCAUAGCCAAGCGCCACACUCCCAGUGUACACUGAGGAGCAGCAGUCCACAGAUACACAUGUAAAUAAUUGCUGACUGCUUCUCCUUGGUGUCAGCAGCCAGCGCUCCAUGCGACACUGGUCAUGUGACGUGACUCAUUCAGGGGUAGAUGUAAGAAGCAGUGAUAAAAGUGCAGAAGCCAGCCAGUGGAGAAGUUGUCCAUGGCAACCAAUCAGCUGCUACGUAUCAUUUUAUAGAAUGCACUUGGUAAGUGCUACCUCAAAGCUGAUUGGUUGCCAUGGGCAACUUCUCCACUCUGUUCACUGCUUCAUGAAUAGACCACCCCUAAAGAUGGUGCUGUGCUCUCCUACGCUCACCCUACUGCAGUCUAUGCCCUGUCAGAUCCAGCUUAUUGGGUGAAGCUUGGAAGGGCAUCAAGCAGUGAAAGAGACUGAACAUAUGCUUGUUCUUUCAUUAAAGUAUUAUCAGUAUUAUCUAACUUAUUACUAAUAUUACAAAUAAUGUUUUAUUUCACUUUUUUUUUACCAUGUUCUAUUCAAUAAAAUGUAAUUAUUUGUUAAAUACCACGUAUGUCCACUCUUGCAUAAUGUCAGAGUCUACCUGCUGCCAGAGAGGAGGGGCCUUCAACGGUGGCUGCACGCAGACCCCCUCCUCUAUAUAAACACCCCUAUGUAUGUGUCUUAUUGUAUAUAUAAGACACUUUACUAGACACCUUGGUUAAAAUUAGAAUAGUUUUAUCAUUAGGAAGGCCGUAAUUAGCUGUGGGAAAAUGAUGCCGCUGACCAGGGUGCAGGUCUUGGGCAGGAGGGGGGCUCCGUCACUGCCCCCUGGCGCCUGUAUUUAAGGAGUGGCUCUCUAGGUACCCUAAAGCCUAGGGAUCCACCACAGAGUCACACAAAGCUGAGCUUCUGCUUUGUCCUGGCAGCCCUAACCCCACCACAUCAUUAUGUCAUGAUGUCACAUGUUCAGAAAGCAGGGCCGGCAUAAGGCGGAUUAUCCUACGGGUCCUGUGCAAUGACAAUUCCGCUCUCUACCACUCACACAAUGAUAUACCUGUGACUCGCCACAACGAGCCCUACAUUUGCGUUGAUGCAGCUUUCUAUGUAUUAUAUGCAUGUAACUGCUGCCUCUUGGGGCUCAUUUUACGGUUGGAAGCGAGUCAGUGCUAUGACACGCCUCUCAGGCGGAGCAGUACACGCCCUCUUCAGUGUCACAUGCAUCGGGGUUGAAUUUACAAUCUCCCUGACAUGUUUUUACUUUUGUAGGCAAAUUCUAUUUUACCCCAAUUUGGCCAGUAUGCUGCAAUUAGUGCAUACUUGCCUACCCUCCCGGGCCCCCGGGAGAGCAGGCAAGUCUCCCGAUUUCAGGGGUCACCCCUGCCCGGCCGCCCACUUAGCGUCAUCAUAGCCACGCCCCCCACUGUAUAAUGCCGGUAAUAGCGGCAUUAUACAGCGGGGGGCAUGGCUUACAUGACGUGAUCCAGAAGCCACGCCCCCAUUCCGCCUCUGGUCCGCCCCCGUUCCACCUCCGACCCACCCCCCUCUGCACUUCACCUCACUGCCCGCCCCCCUGCUGAGCCGACCGCCUGCUUUCUCCCGGAUAGAGCAGCCCAAAAGUUGGCAAGUAUGAAUUAAUGUAUGAUAUUGCUCACAAUAAUAAAUAAUAAAACAAUCUGUGUUUUUCUCUUGCGCUCAUUACUUCAAAGGAUUUGGGGGCACGUGCAAACAUGGUUUUGCAUUUAGUAUUUUAGGGGCCCCAUUCUGUACAAUUCCUGAUGUCAUUAUUGAUGUUACCAACAGCUGUUUCCUUUCAGGCGCCAAACCCAUGGAGAAAAACCUAAUUAUCUCUGCUCUGCAAAGGUUUAUCACAGCCCUGAUGUCAGUGAUAUUUGUUCCAUUUAUAUGAGGAUUACACUGGAGUGAUGCAUUCUGUGGAUACUGUACUACAUAAUAUAUGAGCAAACACUGGAUAGAUAAUGUUGCCGGGAAACGUCCAGGGGAUAAUGGGUUUCAUUGACGCGUCUUCUCAUUUACUUGUGAGUGAUCACUGGACAUCUUUGUUUCCCGGAGCCACAGCCAGUAACACAUAAUGGAGCAUGGAGCUUAAAUAAUUGAUUACUUCAUGAGAUUUGCCAUCAAUUAUAUAUGAGUCAUCUUUUCCAUUAGUAUGCUUUCAUGAUGGGGUGAUUUAAGAGAGGAAGGGCCCGUGUGCAGGCUCAGUGUGGGAUCCUCCACUCGGAUCCCUGGACACGUUUAAAUAUUAGGAUUGAAAAUCCCAGCAAUCCCAGAGGUAGAGGUAUUUCCUAUCUCAGACAAGCAGCAGAGUUUAUACAGUAUAAGGGUUUUGGGGGAGAGUUGAGUUAAGCUCCUGCCUUGUGAGGAGGUUUGGAAGGAGGUUGUUGCCAGGAGUCAGGAGAUUCUGUCAGCCCAUUUAUCUGGAGACCUGGAUCUACGGAGAGGGUCCAGUAUAUACAGCUAAGCAUUUGCUCCAUCGGGAGCUGUCCCAGGCAUUUGGCUGGUGUUCUGGCUUGAGCCAGGAUAUUAGUCAGCAUGCCCUACCUUUGGCAUGUGACGGAUGAUCAGGCCAAAAGCGGCCGUGAUCAGCAAGUCUUGCAGCAGAUCACCCAGCGGAACCUAAUAGCCUUGCAAAGGAUCCUGCUCAAGUGCCCUGAGACUAUUGACUGCUUAGGUGGGUGGAGGGUCCCUUUGUGUGGUUUUUCUCUUAUAUAGUCUUAACUGUAAUUGUUAUUAAUGCUACCUGUAUAUAUUGUACUUAUUGUGGUUAUCAUUUUACAUGUAUGUUUAUUGUGUAUAAAAUAAAGGUGCUCUUGUACCUUG